CGCCCUGCUCGUGGAAGGAAGGAGGAGGAAUGUGGAAGGCGGCGGCGCGCAGGCUGACAGGCGGUUCCCCGGGAGGGCUGCGGCGGCGGCCCGAGCGCCUCUCCUUCGCCGAGCUUACGCGCCCCCUUCUCGCCGCGCCCCGGGCCCGCGCGGGAUUGUGCGUCCUCCCGCCUCGUCCCUGAAGGGAAGGAACCGAGGCGGCAGCAGCAGCGGCGGCUCUCAGGAGUCCGAGCCUUCGCGGCGCCCCCGUCCCUCCCCCGCCGCACCCCGCCCGGGCGCGAGAGAAGAGCGCGAGAGCCCGAGCCGCGGGCGGGCGGCGAAGAUGGCAGAGGCGCCGGCCUCCCCGGCCCCGAUCUCUCCGCUCGAAGUGGAGCUGGACCCGGAGUUUGAGCCCCAGAGCCGGCCACGCUCCUGUACGUGGCCCCUGCAGAGGCCGGAGCUCCAGGCGAGCCCGGCCAAGCCCUCGGGGGAGACGGCCGCCGACUCCAUGAUCCCCGAGGAGGAGGACGAUGAAGACGAAGAGGACGGUAGCGGCCGGGCCGGCUCGGCAAUGGUGAUCGGCGGCAACGGGAGCGGCACGCUGGCCUCCGGGCUGCUCCUUGAGGACUCGGCCCGACUACUGGCUCCGGGAGGGCAGGACCCUGGGUCCGGGCCAACCCCCGCUGCGGGCGCGCUGAGCGGGGGGACGCAGACGCCCCUGCAGCCCCAGCAGUCACUGCCACCGCCGCAACCGGGGGCGGCUGGGGGGUCGGGGCAGCCGAGGAAAUGCUCGUCGCGGCGGAACGCUUGGGGUAACCUGUCCUACGCCGACCUCAUCACCCGCGCCAUCGAGAGCUCCCCGGACAAACGGCUCACUCUAUCCCAGAUCUACGAGUGGAUGGUGCGUUGCGUGCCCUAUUUCAAGGAUAAGGGCGACAGCAACAGCUCUGCCGGCUGGAAGAAUUCUAUUCGACACAACCUGUCAUUGCACAGUCGAUUCAUGCGGGUCCAGAAUGAGGGGACUGGCAAGAGCUCUUGGUGGAUCAUCAACCCUGAUGGGGGGAAGAGUGGGAAGGCACCCCGACGACGGGCUGUCUCCAUGGACAACAGCAACAAGUAUACCAAGAGCCGGGGCCGUGCAACCAAGAAGAAGGCAGCCUUGCAGACAGCCCCAGAGUCAGCUGAUGACAGUCCUUCCCAGCUGUCAAAGUGGCCUGGCAGCCCCACGUCACGCAGCAGUGAUGAGCUGGAUGCGUGGACGGACUUUCGUUCGCGUACAAAUUCCAAUGCCAGCACAGUCAGUGGCCGCCUGUCACCCAUCCUGGCAAGCACAGAGUUGGAUGAUGUCCAGGACGACGAUGCACCGCUCUCCCCCAUGCUCUACAGCAGCUCAGCCAGCCUAUCGCCCUCAGUCAGCAAGCCGUGCACCGUGGAGCUGCCACGGCUGACCGACAUGGCAGGCACCAUGAAUCUGAAUGAUGGACUGGCUGACAACCUCAUGGACGACUUGCUGGAUAAUAUCACUCUCCCAUCGUCCCAGCCUUCGCCCACUGGGGGGCUCAUGCAGCGGAGCUCUAGCUUCCCGUACACCACCAAGGGCUCUGGCCUGGGCUCUCCAACCAGCUCCUUUAACAGCACGGUGUUUGGACCCUCAUCUCUGAACUCCUUGCGCCAGUCUCCCAUGCAGACUAUCCAAGAGAAUAAGCCAGCCACCUUCUCUUCCAUGUCACACUAUGGCAACCAGACACUCCAGGACCUGCUUACUUCGGACUCGCUCAGCCACAGCGAUGUCAUGAUGACCCAGUCGGACCCCUUGAUGUCUCAGGCCAGCACUGCUGUGUCUGCCCAGAACUCCCGCCGGAACGUGAUGCUUCGCAGUGACCCAAUGAUGUCCUUUGCUGCCCAGCCUAAUCAGGGGAGUUUGGUCAAUCAGAACUUGCUCCACCACCAGCACCAAACCCAGGGCGCUCUCGGUGGCAGCCGUGCCUUGUCAAAUUCUGUCAGCAACAUGGGCUUGAGUGACUCCAGCAGCCUUGGGUCAGCCAAACACCAGCAGCAGUCUCCUGUCAGCCAGUCUAUGCAAACCCUCUCGGACUCUCUCUCAGGCUCCUCCUUGUACUCAACUAGUGCAAACCUUCCUGUCAUGGGCCAUGAGAAGUUCCCCAGCGACUUGGACCUGGACAUGUUCAAUGGGAGCUUGGAAUGUGACAUGGAGUCCAUUAUCCGUAGUGAACUCAUGGAUGCUGAUGGGUUGGAUUUUAACUUUGAUUCCCUUAUCUCUACACAGAACGUUGUUGGUUUGAACGUGGGGAACUUCACUGGUGCUAAGCAAGCCUCAUCUCAGAGCUGGGUGCCAGGCUGAAGGAUCACUGAGGAAAGGGGAAGUGGGCAAAGCAGACCCUCAAACUGACACAAGACCUACAGAGAAAACCCUUUGCCAAAUCUGCUCUCAGCAAGUGGACAGUGAUACCGUUUACAGCUUAACACCUUUGUGAAUCCCACACCAUUUUCCUAACCCAGCAGAGACUGUUAAUGGCCCUUUACUCCGGGUGAAGCACUUACCCUUGAACAGAAUUCUAUAAAGUAUGCAAAAUCUUCCUUGUACGGGGUGACGAGCCACAUGCCAGCGGAGGACCCUCAGCACCGCCCACCCUCGCUCAGAGCACACCUUGAGCCCCCCGUUGGCAAUUCUGUGGUGUUUUAAUAUUGCAAUGGUGUAUGGGAUGUUUUAAGUGUCGUUCUUGUGUUUGUUCUUCUUUGACUUUCUGAGUUUUUCACACGCAUUAACUUGCAGUAUUUUUCUGUUAAAAUGGUAACCAUCCUUCCCCUGGCAAAUUUAAAAACAGAAGAAAAAUGUACCAGUUACCAUUCCGGCUUUGGGCAUCACAAGCUCUUGAGCCCAUGGAACUCCAUCAGCUAACACAUUACAUAAACUAGAGGGGGAUUUCCUUUCUUCUUUUGUUUGGUAGAAAGUUAUUCUUUUCUAAAAACUGAACAAUGGCACAAUUGUUUGCUUUGCGCACCCGUCCACAACUGAACCAUGCGUAGGCGAAACAAGGGGAGCAUGGCGUUUGACCCAGUGUGUUCUCAGUUUUGAGUCAGGGUGGUCUGUGGAAGAGACCCCAGCACCUGGUCUCCAGCUGCCAGGUCAGUAGGGCCUGGUCUCCUGUCAGUAGCUUCAGCUAAUGUGGUAAACAGUGUUGGUCUGUUGGUUAGAAACUAGGGUCUUUUCAGGAAAGAAAUCAGUUCAGCUCUCCACUCAUUGCCAAAUGCCACAAAAGGAUUUAAAGAGAAAAGACAUGGGGGGAGAAGAGGAGUCCUGUUUUGCUUUGCAGGAGAAAUGAACUUACAGGUGAGCAUUAAGCUUGCAGUGAGAAAUGUGUGAAGAUAACAGACUCAAGUCAAUGCUAAGGAAGUUGUAACUUCACUGUUCUCUUAGAUACACAUCCUUGAUUAUUUUCCACCUUGCUGUGUAUAAUCUGAUCACUAGAAGUGUAUGAGUGAGAGGCAAUAGCAUACAAACUAAUUUUUUUUUAAUACGCUUAGGUUGUCAUUGUACAAGUGAUGCAAUGGAAGUACAAGAUUAGGGCAGUUUUUCUUUUUCUUUCUUUUUUUUUUUUUUACUUUCCUGCUUCUGUGGAUUUCAUUUUGUUUUCAAAAAGUUAUGGUGCUGUAUAGGUGCUUUCUGUUCAACCUGGAAAGUGUGGUUAUAUUUGUUACCCUCUUUGGUAGACAGAAUAGUUGGGAACACCUUUGGUACAUAUAAAACUGGUGUAAUGAUGCUCUGAUUAGCACAGCAUAUGCAUACUUCUCCAAAGUGAUAUAUGAAGACUCUUUUCUUUGCAUAAAAAGCAUUAGGCAUAUAAAUGUAUAAAUAUAUUUUAUCAUGUACAGUACAAAAAUGGAACCUUAUGCAUGGGCGUUAGGAAUACAGGCUAGUAUUUCAGCACAGACUUCCCUGCUUGAGUUCUUGCUGAUGCUUGCACCGUGGCAGUGGGCACCAACACAGACGUUCCACCUGACCCCUGCACCCACUACCAUCCGCCAGGGGCCCCCUUGUAUACCUUUGCUUUAUAACUCCUCUGGGGUGACAUUGGUGGUAAUCACAGCUCUUUGCAUAAUGAGAGUUCCAUUUGGUAUUGUCACACGUCUCCUGCCUUGCUUGGGUUGUCAUGUUUGAGCAAUAGCCCUGUUGAUUUCACCCUGCCUUUUACUGAAUCUGUAAAUUAUUGUGCAAUUGUGGUUAUAGUAGACCUGUAGCAUAUCACCUUUUCUAAACUGCUACACGUUUAUAAUCUUCAUUUUAAAAGUAUGUAUAAUUUUUAAAAAUAUGUAUUCUAUUCAUGUGGUCUGCUUGUCAAUGAGCCAUACUUGCUUACUAUAUUUCUUUAUAAUAGUGCUAGCCACUUCCGUGAUUCUUUAGUAGUCUGCUGUACAAAAGAACUGUCCAGUAUCAGUGAAAGAGGGCUGCCUUUCUGUCUCCCUAAGCGGUGCUGCCCUGGGUGAGGAUGGAUUGCAGAGGCAUGGGAGCAGCUGGUGGGGAGCAGGGGGAAAGGGAGUGAAGAGAGAUCAGAUACAAGGGAGAAUAUGGACUGCUUCCAGCGUGAGAACCCUGAGACUUUCUCUCCUGAGUUCAAAGAAAUAAGCAAACUAAUGAAAUAGCUCCUUGCCUUUGCAGUUUUAUAGACCUUGGGAGCUACUUUGGGAGUGAGAAAGGCAACCCUCCAAUGUUUCUCAACUUUAAAAUGUUGAAUUCCAUUCAGACAUGUGGGAUCUCAUUCUUUUUUUCCUUAUGUUUGUUGGAUUUCAGGCAGAAUAUCUUACAAAAUGUCCUAGAACCAGAUUAUAAUUUAAUCUGAAACAGCUGAGGGAAGGACAGAGGUGGGCAGGGCUGCCACAAAACAGAUCAGGGAUGGAGGGGGAAUUUGUUUUCUUUUUUAAAUAACUCAGACAGCAUCUAUGUGUAGAGUAUUGUAGAGAGCUGAGACAAGGGCAAAGUCAAGUGCAGCAUCAUUGUCGUGAGACCUAGCAGCCCCAAGAGAAGGAUUAGGCAAGAAUCAAGUGGUUAGUCCUGUCCAAGAUCAUGGCAUCCCUGCCCUCAGCUGGCUGCCCACACAGAGACCAGGCUCCCUGAGACCCUGCUUUCAGAAUGGGCCAACUGUCAGCCACUGCGUCACCUUCUGAGUGUCAUCGGUUCCUAACAGUAAGUUUUCUGAUUUGGAGAAUCUUAGCAGAAUACCUAGUAGCCUCAGAGGGCCUGGCAGCUGUAACAUUUGAAUCCUGAUGAGAACUAUCCCGGGCUACCCUCAGCCUCUAAAUAAGCUGCUCUAGGGAGCCUUCUACUUUUUGAUGGGAAACUAGAAGAGUACCUGAUGUUGACAACAUGACAUGCACUCUUGGGCUCUGUUCUCUUCAAGACCACAGAACCUGAUACCUUUUGCCAAAGCUAGAAAAGAGCUUUAGCACAAGCCUUCGCUGUCCUGGUGUGAGAGCUGCCCGCCAGUUUCAGCAUAUCCCAAGAACUAUGAAUGAAUUUGAGCUUGGUCUCCUCUAUUGCAUCCUCUGCAAUAAAAUGAUUGCUGAAACACAUUGUUAAAAAAAAUUCAGAAGUUUGUCUUUCCUGUUAAUGGGAGGAUCAUGUAUACACAAGUGGUACAAGGCAGACUUGGUGUGUGUUUGUUGAGUUUUAGCAGUGUGUGUGUUACUUCCCCACCCUAAGGAGAGGACAUCAUGGCUCACAACUCAGGACAGAUAUGCCUGUCUCAGGGUGUGAUUUCAGGUGGCUUCCAAACUUGUACACAGUAUAAGGAUGGUAGGGACAGAUUUUGCCUCUACUUAAUGAACCCCACCUAAAGAAUAAGGCACAUUUGAAUCUCUUGGAAAACACCAUCAGGAGUAAAGCAUUCAAAAAGCAAGUCCUCCAUUCCACAUGCUGGUGCCAAGGGCUGGCAAGGGGCAGUUGGAAUGUUACCUUUUUUCUCUACAAGCAAAAAGAAAACCCCGACAGCUGUGAACUCUGAUUCUCUUUUUCUUGCUGUAGUUGGGGAACAUCAUAUGAUUAGACAUAAAUUUUUUUUAAUUAGACAAAUUUUUUGUAGAAAUGCAAUCACUGGUAAAGAGGUACGAAAAAGGCAGCCUCUCCAGGAGACUGGGGGAGGCAGGGUACUAUGAGUGGACAGUAAAGUUCUUCUGGAAUCAUGUCUGUCAAACAAGAUCUUAAAGCAGAUGCCCUAGUAACUAAAAAGAGUAUAUUACAUUUGAUCUAAAUCUUAAGUGGGUAACAUUAUAUGCAGUUUGAAUGAAUGGCAUAUUUUCUUUCCUUGUGUUAGUUUUAUUUGUACGUAUUUUUCUUUGAUGAAUGAUUGGUUACAAGGCCUCUGCCACACUCCAGAAAUACUUGUGCAGCUGCUUUAAAAACUGUCUGGUCACUUAUUCCUCUAACAUUAUCUCAUUGCCUGGCAAUCAGUCUUCUCUUGUAUACUUGUCCUAGCACAUUGUGUACACGGGAAAUGUAAACAGAUAUGAAAGAGGACCAGAAAAAUUAGUUACUAUUAAAAAAAAAAAUGUAUUGUGCAUUUUGGCUUCACAUGUUUAACUUUUUUUAAGAAAAAAAGUUGCAUGAAUGGAAAAAAAAAUCUGUAUACAGUAUCUGUAAAACUGUCUUAUCUGUUUCAAUUUCUUGCUCAUACCCCAUACAAACUAGAAUUAAAUAUGGUGCAUGGCCAUAUUCAACACCUAAGAAUCAAGCAGUUCAUACUUCGGUUUGAAACACCUCAUCCUUUGUUUCAUAGCGAACACUAUCAUAUUACAUUCUUACUGAGGAUUUUGUCUAACCAUAUAUUGCCAGAAUUAACUCUGCCGCCUUUCUUCUCAAGGAUCAAAACCAGUUUGAUUUGGGAAUCUUUCCCUUUCCAAAUGAAAUAGAGAUGCAGUACUUACUUUCCUUGGUGUUUGUAGAUAUUGCCUUGUGUAUUCCAUUUAAAACCGUAAUCUAGUUUGUAAAAGAGAUGCUGACGCAUGUAAAUAAAGCAUCAAUGACACUCUUA